UAUUUUAACCAGAUUACUCUCCACUCUUUUCUCUCUCUCAAUCUCUCUGAAUAUUCCCUUCCCUUCCCUUCCCUUCUUUUCACUCCAUCAUUCUCUGUUUUCUAGUUGCAGAAACCCAUGGACAAACGUCGCCGGAAGCAAGCUAAGACAGUCAAGUAUGACUCUGAAGAGGUGAGUAGCAUUGAGUGGGAAUUCAUAAACAUGACGGAACAAGAAGAAGAUCUCAUCUAUAGGAUGUAUAGACUCGUCGGAGACAGGUGGCAUUUGAUAGCAGGGCGUAUUCCAGGAAGAAAUGCCGAAGAAAUAGAGAGGUUUUGGAUAAUGAGACACGGUGAAGGUUUCUCUGGUAGAAGAAAAAAGGCUUAAUUAAGAGGCUCCAGAAUU